GCAGCACAUGGAGCGACGGUAUUGUACACAGCCCCUCCUUCCAGCCCUGACAGCUCUUCUCCUCCCCUGAAAUCUAGGCUGCAAUGAGUCACUUAGUCCUUUCCUUCCAGGAUUCCGGCACUCCAGAAGUGUCCUGCCAGUGGCGGGGAGAUGCAGGGCAUAGCCAGGAACCUGCCACUGCUCUUUUACAAACUUAGGGGCACUUUGCAAAGCUGAAGGACAUCCAUAUGAAGAGUCCCCCCAUAGGACCAGGCUGGGGGUGGCUCCGCGCUUCAAGCAGGGGACACCGCUGGGGGUCUUCUGUCCUUUGAUUGUUAAAGCUGGGGUCACGCUUGGAUUUUCUGCUCUUUUUGGGGGCACAAUGGCAUUUACUUUCGCUGCCUUCUGCUACAUGCUAUCUCUGGUGCUCUGCGCUGCUCUCAUCUUCUUUGCAAUCUGGCAUAUAAUUGCCUUUGAUGAAUUAAGAACAGACUUCAAAAGCCCCAUUGACCAGUGUAAUCCUGCACACGCGAGGGAACGACUUCGAAAUAUUGAGAGAAUCUGCUUCCUCUUGAGAAAGCUGGUUCUCCCGGAAUAUUCCAUACACAGCCUCUUCUGUAUAAUGUUUCUUUGUGCAGAGGAAUGGUUAACACUUGGGUUGAAUGCACCAUUGCUUUUCUAUCAUGUGUGGCGGUAUUUUUAUGGCCCAGCCGACAGCUCAGAGUUGGCGUAUGACCCACCUGCAGUAAUGAAUGCCAUUACGCUGAGCUACUGCCAAAAAGAGGCCUGGUGCAAGCUGGCAUUUUACCUACUCUCCUUCUUCUAUUAUCUAUACUGCUGCAGUACAUACCUUCUGAAGACUGGUGACCAGAACUGAACGGAAUACUCCAGAUGUGGUAUAACCAAUGUUUUAAGAAGUGUAUGAUAUAUACUUUAAUGAGUUCCUAAGGAAGAAGAAGAAGCAGAAGAUCGAAAAGGUUAUGCCAGUAUAAAAACAAACACUUGUCUGGCUAUUAUACGCAGCUGGACAUUACCGAACCACCUGCAGCACGUUGUGGGCGGCCUCUGUUGGAUGAUACUUUGGAGCCCUGGAGAUCCAGCUGAAAUGUCUCUGAAAGUUAUUGUGGAAUUUGUGAAGAUUAGAACUUUCUCGCCCAGCAUUACAGUGGAUGGGCUGAUCCACCGCUGACUGGGAAGAUGGAGACUUUAAAGCCUUACUUGCUCUGUACAUUGGAAGUUUUUUAACUGUAAGUUGAAUAUCAAAAUUACCAAACGUUGAAUUGGAUGGCGGUCAGAAGCUGUGGGUGAUGGACAAGGUGGUUGCCGUGGGAUUUAUCAUUUGUGGAUUAUUAUUUUAAGAAGGCACACUUUUUGGAAUAUGAAUUUGGGGACUCCCUCUUGCAAUAACAUGUGGAAAUAACACGCAGGUCCUUAAAUUUAAGAAGAAACUUUAGUAACAAAAAAAAACUUCUAGACUUUAUCUCGAUUUAUCUCGAUUAUCUCGAGAAUUUUAGUUUAUGCCACGUUGUUUGGUAAUACAUUGUAAUGCAUUUGUUGUUACCUAAAAGAAGCUAUAAUAAUGGAAUACCUUAUACACCAUUGAGUUAUAAAA